GUUUUUCCAUUAUAAAAACUUCAUCGUGGGUCAGAACCUCUAAACAAAAUCAUCAACUCGUCUAAGAAGAAGAAGAAAAGGUUUUAUAUAUUUUUCCAAGAGAUUAAAGAUUGUUAACUUUCUCGAACCAAAAUGGCAUCAAACGACGCUGGAAGGCCGUUGCCAAAAUUUGGGGAAUGGGAUGUGAAUGAUCCGGCGACGGCGGACGGAUACACGGUGAUAUUCAGCAAAGCCGGUGAAGAUAAAAAGACGGGACGGAGUUCGACCAAGACAAAUUCUCAGAGGAAACAAGACGGUGAUAAACCAGCGGUCAAGAAAUGGCUCUGUUUUACCUUCUCUUGAUUUUGUAUUAAACUCUAAUCUAAUCCUAAGAGAGAGUUUAGCUUUGAGCCUCUGAGAACUUUUAGUCAUCUAAUACAAAAGAUUCUGCCUUUUUGUUUUCUUAUGAUGUAUUUAUGCAUUGGCUAAUAAUAUGCAUAGAAUCAACAAAACUUGUAGUUCUUGAUAUGUGAUUAAAGAA